UCACUUCCGUCCCGCGCCAAGAUGGCGGCGCCCGGGCCCUGCCACGCAGACUUCCGCCGGGCGCGGGGAGCCGGGGCCGGCCGCGGGCGGCGGUGAAGGCGGACGCGUGUGUGGGACAGCUGCGGCGCGCUGACACCAUGUCGGAAGGAAAGGCGGCCGGCGAGCCCAGCGCCCCGGGAGGGUCCCGCUCCCUCCUCACCGGGGCCCGGGGGCUGAUCGGGCGGCGACCCGCGCCGCCGCUCACGCCGGGCCGCCUGCCCUCCAUCCGCUCCAGAGACCUCACCCUCGGCGGAGUCAAGAAGAAAACCUUCACCCCAAAUAUCAUCAGUCGGAAAAUCAAGGAAGAGCCCAAGGAAGAAGUAACCAUCAAGAAGGAGAAGCGAGAAAGGGACCGAGACCGGCAGAGAGAGGGCCAUGGGCGGGGUCGAGGGCGCCCAGAAGUGAUCCAGUCCCACUCCAUCUUUGAGCAAGGCCCUGCUGAAAUGAUGAAGAAAAAAGGGAAUUGGGAUAAGACGGUGGAUAUGUCGGACAUGGGGCCCUCUCAUAUCAUCAAUAUCAAAAAAGAGAAGAGGGAGACGGACGAAGAAACGAAACAGAUCCUACGCAUGCUGGAGAAGGAUGACUUCAUCGAUGACCCUGGGCUGAAGAAUGACACUCGAAACAUGCCCGUGCAGCUGCCACUGGCCCAUUCCGGGUGGCUUUUUAAGGAAGAAAAUGAAGAACCAGAUGUGAAACCUUGGCUGGCCGGUCCCAAGGAAGAGGACAUGGAGGUGGAUGUGCCUGCCGUGAAAGUGAAAGAGGAGCCACGAGACGAAGAGGAGGAGGCCAAGGUGAAGGCUCCUCCCAGAGCAGCCAGGAAGACUCCCGGUCUCCCGAAGGACAUCUCCGUGGCUGAGCUGCUCCGGGAGCUGAGCCUUACCCAAGAGGAAGAGCUGCUGUUCCUCCAGCUGCCCGACACGCUCCCGGGCCAGCCGCCCACUCAGGACAUCAAGCCUGUCAAGACCGAGGUGCAGAAUGAGGACGGGCAGAUGAUGGCCAUAAAGCAGGAGAAGGACCGGGAAGCCAGGCUGGCAGAGAAUGCCUGUACCCUGGCUGACCUGACAGAGGGUCAGGUUGGCAAGCUACUGAUCCGCAAGUCAGGAAAGGUACAGCUCCUCCUGGGCAAGGUGACUCUGGACGUGACAAUGGGGACGGCCUGCUCUUUCCUGCAGGAACUGGUGUCUGUGAGUCUCGGAGACAGUAGGACAGGUGAGAUGACGGUCCUGGGACACGUGAAGCACAAACUUGUAUGUUCCCCCGAUUUCGAGUCCCUCUUGGAUCACAAGCAGCGGUAAAACGAGGAGUUGAAGGAUGGUGGCGACUACGCCCACGGCUGCUGCCUGCUCCAGACUGCUGGGUGCGAUGCCGGAGGGGCCUGUCAGCCCGCACACGCCAGCCGUCAGCAGCCUCUGUCCUGGUCUUCCCCUGCCCCCACGGCAGUGAGUGAGACUGCUCAUCCCGGCACUGGGACUCCUCCCUCUUUAUUUAUUUUCUGUGGGUGUCUUCCCCUUUCCGCUGACUGCCACCUCCCUGACGGAGAGGGGAGGUCCGUGGUGGGUCCAGGCUCCUGGUCUGGGCGCUUUGUGUGGGUGCUCCGGGCUGGAAGCGUGAGCGCUCCUGCUGCGUGCACCACCCCCUUCCUCCUGAACUGCGGGCAGGGAGGAUUUGUGUCUGAGGACCCAGCCCUGUGUCCUAGCUGUGUGACCGUGCGGGCAAACUACCUAAGCUUUCCAAGCCUCGCAUUCCCCAUCUGACCCAAAAUGAGGCUCCUACUACCUCUCGGGGCAGGCGUGAGGAUUAAAGAAAUACAGUUGAGGGGAAGUCCUCGCGGGCCACGGUAGGCACUCAGUAAAUGUCAGGUUCCUUUUGCCGGAGGCCUUUUCAAAUAUGAUGAGAGCUUCCACAGCUCCUCCAGAAUGACUCGUGGCUUUCCCCAUGCAUUCUAAGCCCAUGGUCCUCCAGACCCGGUGCUGCAGAAGACUGAGCUUCUUGGUUCUGCACACUCUUCUCCCAGUGCCCUAUGUUCAUGGGGGUGAGGCACUUCAGUUUUCUCAGACGAGCAGUAUCUUUCCCCCAUCCCGGCACCCGGCAGAUGUUCUUGGAAGUCAAAAUUAGCCCCAUCUGCCUCCUGCACUAACUCCUGUAGAACCAGCCUGCACUCUACUUACUCCCAUGAAAUUGUUGUUAGUACCUAAUUUUUGUAAGUGGUGAAGUCCUCACUACAUCAUAUGCUGCUGAGAAACUUACUUGGUUAGACCGGAAGUAGUGACGUGUGGAGGAAUGACGACUUAAUACCCUGAACAGAUGGCUCCCACCUCAGAAGCUUUGGUUUUGAGAGGCCCCUCUGUCUCCUGUCAAGUGCCCACCCACUCUACUUGAAUCUCUGUCCAGCUGCUGCUCUGUCCUUUGGGACCUUGUUCCUUUCACCAGGCUGGGACCCUUGAGUGUAUGGUCCCUAGAGAAGCAAUUCUGCACCCAGUCUCUGGCUGCGGACUGAUUUUCCCCGGGUGCAGGGGGUGCUGUCUUGGAGGUUAGAGAAGGUCUCCUGCCCUGAGCUCUCUGGUUUGUGCCUGUGUCACUGUCGCUUUGGUGGAGCUGUGGAAUCCACCUCUGGAGCGGCGACGAAACCGGCCAGGCUUGGUCAGAGCUGCCUCUUCCCAACGUUUCAGUGGCCCCAGCACUUUUGAAGGGAUUCACAUCCCUUACUCUCACCUUUUCCACACUGAGCCAUUUUCAUCACAACUGGGACUUUUCCACACUGGUCACCGGAAGCUGCCCAGCCAGCAGCUGUGAGAUGAACAAAGAAUCACAUCCCCUUGUUGUCCCCCAUGUAGCUCAGCACCCAGGGAGCUGUAGAGAAGUUGUGUUCUCUCCUCACUGUGGAAGGCUGGAGCUGAAGCCUUCCUUGGAGACACAUGCCUUGGACGUCCUGUUGGGUUGUGGUUGAGCUUCAAAGGAACAGCUGUGAUGCGGUAUCUGGGUUUCUGUACUCGCUUCUCCUUUUCACUGGCAGGGCCGCUGCCAGGGGGUCUCUACUGUGAGACUCUGCGCUCAGUUUGUUUCAUGGACACUUUCUGCUGCUGCUUUGGCCAACUCGCAGGCCCUUGUUAGAAUGUUUGGGAGUUUGCGGUCUUCAAGAAAGCUCAAGGAAGAGCAUGUGCCACUUUCAUCUUUGUACACCAUUUCAGGUGUUCUGGGGAUUGAAUGUAAGACCCUGCAUCAGAGUCCCUGUCACCUAUUCUAUCUCCAUGAUGCCCAGAUUGGAUGUCAUCAAUAAAAGUAUAGAAGAAAGAUGACGCACAUCUGCUUUCUUGCCAAGCCUCUGAAGCAUACGUACAAACCAACAAAUAAAUGCAGGUCACAGGAGUAAGAACCCAAAGCCAAAUUAAAGUAUGAAAGUACAUGUGAAUUUAUAACCACCUGCUUAUGUGUGUAUGUAUUUUGUUAGGGUGCUAAAAGAGCUUUAGGCUCAUUUAUGUUUUUCAGCUACUUGAUCAAGUGACAAAGUUUGAACUUUAGAGGCAGGUUUAGAUUUGAUUCCGCUUCAGCCCAUCAAUAACUUGGGUGGAGGAUAAUUACUUCCCUAUGCUCAGUUUUCUUUCUUGUCUGUAAAACGGAGACUAUCUGCUUCUUAAUAGAGUUGCAAUAGACUAAAGUGGACAGGAGGCAUUUAUUCAGUGCCAGACAGAAAAUGCUGCUAUCAGGAUGUGCUCAGCUCAAGUGACUGGAAACUAGACUGACAGUCACUUUGGAAAUAAGGACGUUUGAUUAUCUCUUCUGACAAGCAAGUUUGAAAAUAGCAAGUUCCAGAGUUGGGUGGCAGCCAAAAUGGCAUCAAGUUGUUCUUGGUUCCAUUUGCUCUGCCAUCCUUAGUGUUACAAAGUGGUUGGUAGAGCUGAUGCUCUGGAUCAUUUUUGCAAAUGGUUGUGUUCAAAGGAAAAGCAUGAUGCGAAAUAGAUGACAGUAGAGGAACGUUCUCAUUCUGCACCUGUCAGGAUUAACCUGCAGAGGCCUCAGCACAACUGCCCAGUGUCUGCUAGGCCAGGUCACACCCUCACUUUGGACAAGGUACUGACAAGGGCUGGGUGGGCCGCUUUGUCCCCUGCGCUGGGUAUCCUAGUGCCUGUGGGACAGGGUUUUGUUAGCACAAAAGCAGAGCGACAGGUCCAUCCUGUUGUUAGCACCAUGUUAGACAAUGCUGUCUACUGGGGAUAAAGGAAAAAUAAUAUGUAUAAUCUAUGUGGAAUCUUUUAAAUUUUCACAUUCUUCUAAAUAAACCAGUUUUAACAUUUAUA